UUAUUUUCUCAACGAUAAAAUUUUUACGUGCAGAAAAUGAACUCGAAGAAGUACCACAGGAAAAUGAACAUUUCCAGAAAAAUACAUAAAAUAGUUUCCUUUUCGUUGGACGAGCCACUGAGCCAGUUCCGGAGCUUCAUCUCUGUAGCUUCAUCUGCAGGGAGCGAGCGAGCGAUCUUCCGUUCCAUUGGAGGAGGAGACGAAACAAUGGCGGAAAGCGGAGGAGGAAUUGCACACAGGCUAGCCAGCUGGAGGUGCUGCUGCGUUUUCAAGGAGUUGAGUUUUAUCGAGCGGCGGCGAAGAACCCGAACCAAUCUCCGAAACGCUUCGAUGAUUCCUCCUUUCAACAAGCACCUCUUUGGCUCCCGCUGGCGAUCGCUAGGCGUCAGCUACCGCAUUCUGAGCAUGGAUGCUCGAGAGAAAUCAACUUCUACUGUACUUGAAUCAUCAAAGCACAAGAGGGUACCGGUAUUCGUUGUGAUGCCCGUGGACACGUUUGGUGCUGAUGCUUCUGGGAGUCUAAGGAUCAAAAGACUCAAGGCAUUAACUGUAUCUCUAAAAGCACUCAAGCUGGCUGGUGUGCAUGGAAUUGCGGUAGAGAUUUGGUGGGGAAUUGUGGAGCGUUUUGCUCCUCUUGAAUAUAAUUGGGGCCUUUAUGAAGAUCUUUUCGGACUGAUUUCAGAAUCAGGGUUGAAGUUGCAUGUUGCUUUGUAUUUUCAUUCAAAUCUACAUCAGCAUAGAAAGUGGGGCGUGAGUCUUCCUCUGUGGAUUGUUGAGAUUGGUAAAAGCAACAAGGAUAUAUACUACCGAGACAUAAGUGGUCUGUCCAAUGCUGAUUAUCUCACACUAGGAGUGGACCGACUACCUCUAUUUUAUGGACGGACUGCUCUCCAAUGUUACGAGGACUUCAUCGUCAAUUUCAUUAACAAAUUUGAGCCCUAUAUUGGGUGUAUAAUUGAAGAAAUAAGUGUUGGUCUUGGUCCUUCUGGGGAGCUAAGGUAUCCAGCACAUCCUUUGGGUGACGGAAGAUGGCAAUUUCCUGGAAUUGGUGAAUUCCAAUGUUAUGACAAAUAUAUGAUGGAGGACUUGAGGAUAGCUGCAUGUCAGGUGGGAAAGCCGGAAUGGGGAGAUAUGGGACCCCAGAAUGCUGGUUGUUACAAUAGUCUUCCACCAGGGGUACCUUUUUUCGGAGAUGGACAGGAGAACUUUAUAUCGGAUUAUGGACGCUUCUUCCUUGAAUGGUACAGUGGCAAGCUAAUCUGUCAUGCAGAUGCUAUCCUGGCUAAGGCAGCUAAUGCAUUGAGGAAGUAUCAGCAAACUGUAGAAACAUCGGUUAUAUUGGUGGCUAAAAUUGGUGGAGUAUACUGGUGGUACCAGACUAUAUCGCACCCUGCUGAACUUACAGCUGGUUACUACAACACUGCUCUCAGGGAUGGUUAUGAUCCUCUUGCAUCAAUGCUGUCCCGUCAUGGUGCUGCUUUGCAUAUUCCCUGCCUAGAAAUGAUGGACAACGAGAACCCACCGUCUUAUCAUUGCAGCCCUGAAGGCUUACUUCAACAGGUUUUGCUUCUUUCUCAACGGGCAUAUCUAAUUUCUGUGGACUGAGUUUAGAGUUCUAGAUAUGCAAAAUUUCAAAGAAAAGAAUACAUUUGAUUGGACGAAAUGCUAAUGAACGGUUGGAUAAGGAUUGAGGCAAAUACUGGCCAACUGUAAUCACCCGCAGGCAGAAGCUGUAAGGUCAUUUACUUAUUUCAGAAUGAACGAGAAAAUCUUCUCGGUAGAAAACUGGAACAAUUUUGUUCCCUUUGUUAGAAUGAUGAGUUCAGAUUAUUGAACUUCUCAGGUAUGUUCUAACCAUUAAUUGUAAAGAAAAGCACUGCAUCUCCUUCCAUCUCAUCUUUUUAUAUGAGGGUGGGGGAGGUUGUUAAUGACGAUUUUAGAGUCAUUGCAGAUCAAAUCCCUGUGUCUGGCCUCAGUUACUGAUAAGAUUUCUGGCUUCUGAUAAAGUUCUAAAAGAAUCGUCGCCAUUUUAUACCGUAGAAAUCACAUUGGUCCUUAGAUUUCUUUCAUAUUGGAUGCCGUCUUUCUGAGUUUGAUCUGAUUGGGGCAGCUCCCCCGGUUGCCCAUUGUGGCCGAGGCUGCUGACAGGCAAGUUCUUUGAGGACACAUUAAUUGUGUAGAGGAACAAAGUUCUAUCUGGGUUUCCUUUUGGUUAGUUUGUUGAUGCUUAUAGUAAUAACGCAGUUCAAUCACUCACAACCUUGUUACAUGAGCUGGAAUUCGGUCGAAUUUGUUCUUGGAACAACUGGUACAGUGGUACCAGUAUAUGAAGCUAUGAAUGAUAUUGUUGUUCUUGUUGUCUGUAUAUUCAUUCACGGUG